AUCCGAGCACGCGGAACACGCCGUAAUAGAUAGUCCAGGUCCCCCAUCAUCCCCGCGACUUUCGGUCCCCACCGAGAUCCACUGCCGACCAUGAGCCGCGUGCGUUGCUGCCUGAUCAGUGCGGGUCGUCUAGCCUCCUCCAACCAUGUCACUAGCCAUGUACACAAAAUCGUCAGAGUCGUCGUGGCUAGCAGAGCCCUGACGAUCAGUGGCAGCUUGGGCAAAGCCCCGACGGAACCCACGCCACCCUCCAAAGACACCGUCUCAAGCGGGUCCUCGAACAAUGGCGGCACUGGUGGCGGGAAGAAGAACACACUCACCUGUCCCAAAUGCGGAGAUCCCUGCACGCACGUCGAGACGUUUGUCUCCUCCACGAGAUUCGUUAAGUGUGAGAAGUGCCAUCAUUUCUUUGUGGUGCUAUCAGAAAUUGACUCAAAGAGGAGUUUAAAGGAGGCGCUCAGGCCAGAAGAGGGUAAGCAAGGAUUCUACAGGAAACCACCUCCACCUCCGAAGAAGAUAUUUGAGUAUCUAAACAGACACGUUGUGGGCCAAGAAUAUGCGAAGAAAGUGCUGAGUGUUGCCGUUUACAACCACUACAAGCGGAUUUACAACAAUUUGCCAGUUCAAAAUUCACAGGCGCAAACUAAUGUUAAUCCGGUCAGCACACAAGAGACAAAUCAUCCAUUCACACACAGAGGUCCUAAGCCACAUUUACUGCAUAUAUCAGGAAUCGGAAAUCCGUUUCCAGGAGUUGGGUUCCAGCAUACAGUCAGUCCGGGAAGCGAGCAAAAGACGAGCAGUCAAUCGGCUCCUGGAUCAGCUAUAUUGGACAGCAAGCAGCAUCAACUGAAGUUAGAAAAAAGCAACAUACUGUUGCUCGGUCCUACUGGCUCUGGCAAAACGUUACUCGCGCAAACGAUAGCGCAAUGCCUGGACGUUCCAUUCGCCAUCUGUGAUUGUACCACUCUCACGCAAGCUGGCUACGUUGGCGAGGACAUAGAGAGUGUCAUAGCUAAACUUCUUCAAGACGCUAAUUAUGUAGUGGAUCGUGCUCAGAUGGGCAUCGUCUUCUUAGACGAAGUCGACAAGAUAGGUGCUAUUCCGGGUAUUCAUCAGUUGCGUGAUGUGGGUGGAGAAGGUGUGCAGCAGGGAAUGCUGAAGAUGUUGGAGGGAACAAUUGUAAAUGUACCAGAGAGAAAUAGUUCAAGAAAGUUGCGCGGGGAAAUGUUGCAAGUGGAUACAACGAAUAUUCUUUUCGUUGCGUCGGGUGCUUACAGCGGUUUAGAUAGGUUGAUAGCGCGACGCAAAUCGGAAAAAUAUCUCGGAUUUGGCGCGACGCCCGCGGCCGAGAGUCCGGGUAGGAGGGCGGCGACUUUGGCCGACAUCGCCAAUAUGUCACCUUCCACCGAGAGGGACAAUAAGGAGAAGGACAUGCUGUUGCAACAGGUGGAAGCUAGAGAUCUCAUCGACUUCGGCAUGAUACCUGAAUUUGUUGGCAGAUUCCCCGUACUCGUGCCUUUCCACACCCUUGACAGAGACAUGCUAGCGAGAAUUCUUACUGAACCAAAAAAUGCCAUCGUUCCUCAGUAUCAGAUGUUAUUCUCAAUGGACAAGGUGGAGCUGACAUUUGAUGUACAUGCAUUGAAUGCAAUUGCCUCUUUAGCAAUGGAAAGAAAAACGGGAGCACGAGGUUUGCGAGCGAUAAUGGAAUCGCUGCUUUUGGAACCUAUGUUUGAAGUACCAGGGAGCGACAUAGUGUCCGUUCACAUUACAGAACAGUGUGUGAAAGGCGCUGAAAAGCCACAAUACGUAAAACGAGAUGAUAGCAAUGACGAUGAUAUUCAACAGGCGCAGCAUGUACAUAAUUAACAAAUAAUUAAAGAAUGCGACACUUUGGUAUAACUGUUUCUUUAUGAUUAGAUGGACAAUUUUUUUAGAAAAUUAAAUUAGAACAUUCGCGUAAAUCGCUAUUUUAAUUAUUUUAUAAAGAAUAUAAUAUAUAAUUCUCGUAUAUAUUAUUUCGUAUAAAAAGCAAAUAAUAUGAAAACAACGCAUACACAUAUAAUAUAUUUUCAAACUGUCCUGUAUAUUUAGUAUUAAAAUAUUUCUCAAAUUAUUUUUUGCUACAGUAAAUUUCUAUCCAUUUUGGAUAUUGUAUACAUUAUAUGAUAUAUUUGUUUUAAUAUAUUAAAAGGAGGAAUAUUAAUGCCAGUACAUCUUUUAAAGAUGACUAUUUGAUUUUAUAAUAAGAAAAUUAUUUGAUUUCAUAAUAAAAUUAAUAUUGCAAAUUUAUAAGGCAAUGUUUUACAUUUGCCUACUUGGAAUAUGCAUUAUAAAUGCCUUUUCUAAGAGAAAGUGUCGCAUGAACAUAACAUAAAAACAGACUAAUGAGAAUAUACAGAUCUAAUUCUUACUUGACAAUGGAAAAAUGUAAAUAAAUUUUGUAUCGUUUAAUUCAUUCGUAUUGCAGGAAAAGUCAAAAAAAUCGUAGCACAUAAUAGCAUUCCACAUCCAAUCAAGUUGUGUGCAUCCUGCAUGCAUUUAUUGAUGGUUAACAUCGAAAGUAAAACGACGUACUAUGCAUUCGUAUCUAAUAACAGAAUAUCGUAAAGAAAUUUAAAAUAUAUUAUAUAUAUGCACAUUCAAUCAUAUCAACGUCAUCCAAUUUGGCAGCUUGAAUGUUACAUUUGUUGGAACAAACUUCAAUUAUGAUGUAAAUUGAUAAAGCAGACUGGCUUAAGAUACGGAAACCAAAAAUUUUAAUCAAUACGAAAUUGUAAAAAGCCAUAUAAUAAAGAAAAUUUUAAUGUAACCACUCAUACAAUCAAUUUUCAUACAUUGUCAUGCCAGGAUUGUUUGUAAAGAGAUUACUAUUGUUACGCGUUGUUUAAGAAAAAUUAAGAAAAACAACAUUCUUGUAGCAGUUUUAAUAGAUAUUUCCCGAGAAGGGGAGAAUGCCACAAGAAAGGACGAAGAUAGCGAACAAUAUAAAAAGAUUAUUUUUAUGUCGAAAUACAUUAGAUAGAAGGCUUAUAUGUAAUAUAUUGUACAUAAUAUAGUAGUUAGUGAAAAGGAAAGUGUGUCUGAUGUGUGAAUUAUACAAUUAUCAAUCUGAUUAUAGAGUAUAUACAUCCUCGCUAUUUAUCGCGCUAAUUUACGUACUAAUUAAAACUAAAACAAAAGAAGAAAGAAAAAAACCAGGCUGUGCAAAAUAUAACACGGAGUGAAGUACAUUUGCAUAGAAUUUUUCCCUAAUUCUUUCACGAUGAUCUGAUGUCCUAUAUAGAGUAAUUAUGUAUUUGUAAUAAAUCUAUAAUAUGCAACUGUAGUA